CACCAUUAUAAAUUCACAAACAAAAAAAAAAUGAUAGGGUGGGACGACGUGUACAAAGUGAUCGUCGCCAUGGUCCCGCUCUACGUGGCCCUAGUCCUCGGCUACGGCUCGGUCCGGUGGUGGCGCGUGUUCACCACGGAGCAGUGCGGCGCCAUCAACCGCCUCGUCUGCUACUUCACCCUCCCGCUCUUCGCCUUCGAGUUCACCGCCCACAUCGACCCGUUCCACAUGAACUACCGCUUCGUGGCGGCCGACGCCGUGUCCAAGCUCAUCAUCGUCUUGGUUCUGGGCCUGUGGGCCAGGUCCAGGCCCAAGGAGGAGGAGGACGGAACCAGCAGCCGCUACAGCUGGUCCAUCACCAGCUACUCGCUCUCCACCCUGACCAACUCGCUGGUGGUCGGGGUCCCGCUCAUGCGGGCCAUGUACGGGCCCGUCGGGGUGGAUAUUGUGGUCCAGGGUUCGGUGGUCCAGGCCAUUGUUUGGCUCACGUUGUUGUUGUUCGUGUUGGAGUUUAGGCGGACGGGGCUUGAUUGUGGUGGUGUGGUGGUUGUUCCGGCGAAAGGUGGGAAGGAUUUGGAAGGCGGCGGGGGGAGUGUUGAUGGUGGUGGUGUGGCCGGCGAGGAGGAGGUGGUGGCGGUGGUGGUGGGGCGGAUGCCGUUUUGGGGGUUGAUGAAGGUGGUGUGGGUGAAGCUGGCGUCGAACCCGAAUUCUUAUGCGUGUAUUAUCGGGCUUGCUUGGGCCUUUGUGUCUAACAGGUGGCAUAUCGAGAUGCCGAGCAUAGUUGAUGGAUCAGUCUCCAUCAUGGCCAAAGCCGGAACCGGCACCGCCAUGUUCAGCAUGGGGAUCUUCAUGGCUAUGCAGGAGAAGCUGAUCGCCUGCGGACCCACCCUCACCGUCGUCGGAAUGGUCCUCCGCUUCGUCGCCGGCCCCACCGCCAUGGCCAUCGCAUCCAUCGUCGUCGGCCUCCACGGCGACGUCCUGCGCGUCGCCAUCAUCCAGGCGGCGCUGCCGCAGUCGAUCACGUCGUUCAUCUUCGCCAAGGAGUACGGCCUCCACGCGGAGGUCCUAAGCACAGCGGUGAUAUUUGGGAUGAUCGUGUCGUUGCCGGUGCUGAUAGGAUACUACGCCGUUUUGGAAUUUGCUCACUGACGAGAAACGACGCCGUAUCUCUCUGACAAGACAGAGAGACAGAAAGAAUCUUCUGUUUUAACUGCUACUCUUGCUAAUUUGGCCCUACUGCAUCUCUAUUAUUUUCAUUUUGGAAUUCAUUCCAAUUUGUUCCCUUU